AUGAAGGCGGGCGCUGCAGCGGCGGUGCUGCUGCUGAUUCAGGGGGUGGCGGGACAAUCGUGCGGAUUGACGGCGUCGACGCUGUCCACGAGCUGCAGCGACGCGUGCGCGCAGUAUGAGCCGUGCGUGGCCUACAGCUCCUGCCCCGCAGGCGCGACGUGCGUGGCAACAGACCAGUGCGCGAUCCAGUGCUUCUCGAAGCCGUUGGACGAUACCAACGCGUUCACGUUCUUGGUGGAGUUCGGCUCGUACGAGAGCAGCAGGGAGAAAGCAGGCAGCGCCGGAUCUUCGCUGGAUGGAGGGCAGGACGAGACGGAGACGUACGCGGCGGCGAGCAACGACGCCGUCUCCAAUAUUAGCACUAUCGAGCUGCAGCCGACGGUGACGUCAUUCGUGUUAGCAGGCGGUUCAAACAGCAAUUCCUCCGUCAAGGGCAAGGUGGCCAAGGUGACCUUCGGCUCCGACGUCAUCUCCGCGCAAUCCAACGUCUCGAGCGUCGCGCUGCGCAGUCUAGACUUGUCCGCGGACGCUACGCUGCAGCAGCUCCCGGUUAUUCUCCCGACGGCGCUGCAGAAAUUGAGUCUCGCCAAUACGCUCCUAUCGGCGUUUCCGAGUCUUGUAGCGAACUUUACCAGUCUCCAGACCCUGGAUCUGGCCAAUAACUAUAUCACGGAGAUCGCCGCAACAGCAGCGCUUAACUCACUUGCGCACCUGUGUUUCCUGAACAAUGAGCUCAGUGCUUUUCGGGCGGUUUUUCCGAACCUCGAGACGCUGGACCUGAGUAACAACAACCUCACGGAUAUUCCAGCGACCAUCUACAUCCACGACAGCCUGGCAGAGCUGCGGAUGAAGGGCAACCCGCUCGAGUCUCCGUGGUUCACAAAGUCCGAAGCAGAUUUUCUAGCGCAGCUCUCGACUCUGGAUCUGGAGAAUUCCGACUUUACCAAGCCCAUUGACAGCUGCAGUGCAGCCAACCGACUUGCGGUGCAUUCCUUGACUGUUUGCAUUUCGGAUGCCGGGAACGACGACGACACGGACAGCAGCGACGAGGUCACCACAGGCUCUUCGUCUUCGAGCUCGGACGUGUUCGUUAUUGUCGGCGCUAUCGUGGGCGGUCUGCUGGUUCUUGGCGGCGUGGUGUUUGCUGGCGUUUGGCUGUACCGGAGGCGAGUGAGAAGGCCACAGACCCGACGCUCCAAGAUUGUUCGCGAGUCGUACUUUGGUGGUGUGUCACCCCCUCUAGCUCGAUCCCCUGUUGACAAGGGGUAUCGCGGUGGCCGCCGCACUCCUGUGAGCGGAGGACCGCGAUUCUGCUCGAACGACUACGAAGAGGAAGAUAGCUACUCCUCGCCAAGAAUAUCGACACGCAGUACGCACAGUAACAACAGUUCGAUGGCCUAUUCCUUGUGGAACGAUGAGGAGUUGCUGUCACUUCAGGUCAAGUACGAGGAGAUCGAGGAUAUCGGAACUAUUGGCAGUGGAGCGUUUGGAAUUAUUUGGCUUGUGAAGUACCGAGGAAAUCAACUCCUCGCUUCGAAGCGGCUUCGGUCCGAUCAGCUCGUGGCUACAGGUCAGCUCCGUCCGAGAUUUGGCGCAAGUUGUCCGCCAGAGCUUCGUAUGCUGGCCGAGCGCUGCCUCGCGCAGGACCCUGAAGAGCGUCCACCAGCUCAUGUCGUGGCGUACGAGUUGCGAGUCAUCCAGCGCUCUCACUACACGCUGCUGUAG